AUGGUGAGCAAGGACGCUGGUAAAUGCAUGCUCACCAACUCUGAGUCGGACUCAGAGGCAACGGCGGCCUCCAUGGCCCUGGAGGUCAAAGGAUCGUCGGACAAAAGCCGGCAGGUGCGCAAGCGCAACAAAGCCCUACAGGUGCGCUUCAAGGACAUCUGCGAGGCACAGUAUGAACAGGCUGCUGCGGCCCGAGGGGGGAAGCCGGUCUACAAGGUGGCGUACCGCAAGUACAUGACCGUCCCAGCUCGCAGAUCAAUCCCAAAUGUCACCAAAAGCACCGGAGUGCAAACAUCACCGGAUCUUAGGAAGCGUUACCAGACUUUUCCAUUUGAGCGGAAGAAAGGACAUACGGUCAAGCAUGCCGCUGUUGUGGAGAGCUGUAAGGAUCAGGACGAUGGGUUUGUUAUUGAUGUAAAGAGGGCGAAAGCUACCGAGGCAGGUAGGGAGUGCGUACCCACUCAAAAUGUGAGGAAAACAAGAGCAUUAAUGCACACCAGCAAGUGUGUCGCAACUAUAGAGCAACACCCACAAGCCAGGGACUGUCUGGAGAGAACAGACGGACCAUGUUCGGACGCUUUGGUUCUUCCUUGUCCGACAGAUGGGUCCACAGUGGGAACGGACAACUCGGACUAUCAGAUCUGUAGCGUCAGAAGUAAACACAGUAAGGGCUUCCAGAGAGACUCUGGAACUCUUGAUCGCUCAGGCAAGCUGCAGUUGCUGAACUCUGGGGAGAGCAGUGGGAAUAUUCUAGAGGAUUCCUCCUCCAAAGUGAUGGGACCUAUCGCGUGGAACUCUCUCACGCAGGUGGAGUGCCUGGAGAGUCCGUCCGAGCGGAGCAAACGCAAGAAUGCACUGCAGCUCAAUGGCCUGCAGUCGCAGUCGCAGACGCUGCCGCGGACCAGUUGCACGACGCAGGUCCAGUGCCACACGGGCACGCUGUCUGCUCGACCACUGCGGGCUAUGGAGGCGGCGGUGCCGGUGACUCCGGUCUCCUCGACAGCGGUUCCCAUGCCCGCGCCUCCAUGCCGGGGCAGCACGGGAUCAGGAACUCUACAGACGGAUAAUGAGGCGUGCAAGCAGAUAGUGCCUGUCAAUCAGGAUGGGGAUGUUAAAGCGCAGCUCCAGGCCAUGGAAAACAUCAUCAGCUCCAGCCAGGAAACCAUUAAAGUGCUGCUGGGUGUCAUUCAGGAACUGGAAAAAGGAGAAGCUCAUAGAGAAGGGCUCUCCUAUCGGACCGGACAGGACACGGCCAACUGCGACACGUGUCGGAACAGCGCAUGCAUUAUUUACAGCGUGGAGCUGGACUUUAAACUGCAGGAAGAUAAGCUCCAGUCUCUGAUGAAGAGACUGUGUCCCGCAGAGGAGUCCCUGUUCCCCCCUCUGCCGUAUCCUCAGGAGACCAUCGGCUCCACGCCUAAACGCAAGUCCAAAGCAGAGGCUAAGAAACACGCGCGCUGGAAACUCUGGUUUCUGUGACCGCAGGAUUACACACAACUGAGCAUCAUAUUUUCAGUACAGGAGCAUCUGUUCACUUGAUUUGUUGUUUGAUCAGGACGAUUCAGGAAAAUCCUAUCAGAUUGUUGUUGUUGUUUUAUUUUGGUACUUUAUGGAUGCGAGUACUGAACUAGGUUUGGAAAUAUCGCAGCUAAUAUUCAUUAAAAAAAUAUAUAUAUGUAUAUGUAUAUUUAACAGAAUAUUGGAAUUUUCUCCUGGAAGAAAGGAAUAAUGA